CGCACAUUAAGAUAGACAAGUGAUGACUGAACUAAGUUAUAUUGCCAGUUCUAGGCCAUUAAUUGUGCUUAGCUUAGCUAGCAUGUUUUCUUCUUCUCCCUGAAUAAGUUGAAGCCAGCAAUACUGGCUGAGAUAGCAUUUGUGGCCGAGACAGUAGCAAUACUGGCUGAAUUUAAGCUCACCCUAUUACACGAUUAUCUUGAGGGCCUAACUGAAUCUCAUGUACUGUCGUUUGCUGAAAUUAUAUCAUUCAACAAGAACAAUCCUGAUUUGGAGAGUUUUUGCGACUUCGAUGGUCAAGAUGUUUUGGUUACAGCAGCUUCAGAAUUGGGAUUGGUCAGGAAGAGAAGUAGGCAAUGUAGUAGAUGGAGAAAUAGUCAAGAGACGCCUUCAAGAUAUUGAUUUGGAGAAUAACUUAGAUGCUGUGAUGACAACAAUACGUUCAUCUGCGGCAAGCCGGCAACAGUUUUGGCAAUUUGAGGAUGUCCCGGAAUCAGUCCCCACCGGUUAUGAUAAAGAUGCCACGCCGUUUGGGACAAUAUUUACAGGCUUGAAAGGAUGGAGCCGAAGCUAAUUGGGAGUGCUUUUGCUUUUGAAGAAGCCAUCAUGUUCUGCAGGCGUCCCAUUCCCAGAAGAGUUGAAUUUAGUUGAAGCAGUUUUUUGGUUACAUGUUCUUGAUAUUCAGCAUCCAAUCAUCCAUUAAUCUUGCUUUUCCUUCAGAAAGCAUGUGCAGCAUGUGGUUUGUGAAAGACAUCCACUAUGUUGUUAUUCACAUGUUGUCGCUGAAUAAAGCCAUUCAAUUAAUGGUGGCCUUUGUUUUUACCAAUGGAAUGAUUGGCAAUGUCUUUGUCUUCUUUUAUGAGUACAUCAUCUCUUCCCUUCCCAAAGGAAAAACAAAAAGGAAAA